CCCACCGCAAACCCAACUCAUCUCAACUGCGAAACAGAACUCGCCUUCUUCCUCUCCCCGAUCCCCAAUUCCCCAACACCUAACCCUAGCCCAAGAGCCGCCGGCGCGAUGCUCCGCUCCCCCGGCCACUCCCCUCGCCAGCUCACCCCGUCGCCCUCCCCCCCCCCCUCCCCCCCCCCCCCCCCCCCCCCCCCCCCCCCCCCCCCCCCCCUCGGCGUCCACCCUCGCCACCACCUCUCCAAGCGCCGCCGCCCGGAGGUGCUCGACGAGGACAGCUACGUCGUCGCCAUCGAGCGCAUCAUCGAGCGCGACUUCUUCCCCGACCUCCCGCGCCUCCGCGACCGCCUCGACUGGCUCCAGGCCGUGCGCUCCCGGGACCCGCUCCUCCUCCGCGACGCCCAGCUCAAGAUCCUCGAUCGCCGCCGCCGUCUCCAGCGCAACGGGCCCCUCCCCACCCCGACGCCCGCCACCUCCACCGCGCUCCGCUCACCGUCCUUCCUCGCGACCCCCGCCGUCGCCCCCUCCACCACAGGCGACCCCGAGGAGGAGGACGAGGACGUCUCUGCCGCGCUCUCGCUCGACGACUUCUUCCGCCGCUACACCAGCGAGGACAACGAGUCCUUCUCGCGCAUCCUCGAGAAGGUCAACCACCGCCGCCGCGAGCGCUAUGCCCACCUCCUGGAGCCUGGCAAGGUGGCGGAUAAACAGUUGUUGGAGGAUGCUAAGCGCGACAGAAUAACUGAUGGCUAUGGUACAUCUGGGCAGCCACCGAGUACGUUGGAGGGUGCCAAGUUUACGGCCAAGAACCUGCUCAUGUACCACCCGGCCGACCGAGGGGAAGCGCCGCUCACUGAUGAGGAGCUUGCGGUGCGGCUGAAGGGGCUCACCAAGGAGAUCGACAAGUCAAACACCAGGUUACAUGGGAAGGCUCUGGCUGAAGACGGGAGACCCAAAGAGGAGGAGGCAGCUGCCAUACUGUAUGCUCUAGUUGCAGGCUCUACUCCUGGAGGAAUGGCCUACAAUGAUCCUGAUAAAGGAAAGAAGUAUGAUUUGGAGGAUCUAAGGAAGACACCAAACCCGUUUUACAUUGAAUCAGGGAAGAAAGCAGACAAUGGGUACAGUUUUGUGAAGACACCAUCGCCAGCACCUGGUGUGGAUGAGUCCCCGUUCAUGACAUGGGGUGAGAUUGAUGGAACACCACUGAGGUUGGAUCCUGACGAGACACCAGGGGGUAGUGAGAGGUCACAUUUCAAGAUCCCACCUCCACCUGUUCGAGAUGUGAAGGCACACCUGCUGUCCAGGGAUGCUGCGAAGAAGAUAAAAGCGCGAACACAUAUGUUUCACAAGCCACCAUUGCCAUCCCCUGUGAGAGGAGGCAGUGCAAGCCCCAGAAAUCUGUCUCCUGCAGCACAGAAGUUUGUGAGGAAUGCCAUCGCAAAAUCCACACGAACCAUUGAUGAGUCUCUCCGUGCAAGUUACAGAGGGUCGACCCCAUCUGCAGGCACCCCGAAGACAAGGUUUUCAACGGACCCAGGCUUGGGAUCACGGUCUCCUUCGGCGAGAAAGGGUUCCACCCCUCCGUGGUGAUUUCAGUAAACCCCAAUGUUAUAUAUAUCCAUUUCAUAAACUGAUCGAUGCUAUCCAUGUAUUGUAUCGGGAAAAAAUGAUGGUAGUUUUUUCAGCCUGGAAAUCUUAGAGGGCUUGCCAGGUCAUUAAACUAUUCUUGCAUUUGCAUGGCAGGCUCCCUUAGUGUAUUGUGAUUUACUGAUUUUGCAAAGGUCUUACUAAAAUAUGCAUUGACACCAAA